AAAGGUUUGUUAUGGAGAGAGGUGUGAAUUUGGGAUAAACUGAUAACUGGAUAUUUACCAUGGACAUGAUUGGAAUACUGAGUGGAGAUCAGAUUGACGUUCUCACCACUGUGUAUUUAGUGUUACUCACUCCCAGUGUGAUUGGGAGUUUUUCUGUCCUGGUAGUUUCCAUGGUGAGAAGGAGGCAUCUAAAACAACAGGUGCACCUCCUCGUGCAGCUCGCCCUGGCUGACCUCCUGGCUGCUCUGAUCCUGAUGUCCACCAGUGUCAUGAACAAAGUUGGAAGCCGCAGCAAUGUCACCAUGUGCCAGUACAGCCUGCCACUGUCGCUGACAUUUUACUUAAUUUCAUUUCUGCUGGUGGUGGUUUAUGCAUGGAAGUCGAAGAACGCCAUUCAAGGAUGGAGAACAAGACCAGCAGAGGAUGAGGGCGCACAGAGUCAGUGUAGAAGAAAAGUAGCUGUGCCUGUAUAUGUCAUAGUGUGGAUGGUUCCUAUAUUAAUGUACCUAGCAUAUGCACUCACUUCCUUCAUAACCACAGCUUUGCUGAUUCCAAACAACAACAAGUCACAGGUCGCCCGUAAUGAAAGCAAUUACUGCAGCAGUUGUAUUUUGUUCUUGCACGUCUGGGGAGAUUCCUGCUCAGAUCCCGAAGUAAUCCAUGAUAACUUCAUCAAAAUGUUUCUGUUCCUUGUGGUGAUACCAGUGAUGCUGUCUUGCUCUGUGAUUUAUUAUAAGGUUGGUAAAUGGUAUGAAAGACAUCAGCAUCAGGGUCUUUUUCCAGUGGAAGGAGACGGACGUUCAAGAAGGCGAUUUAAAACAGUGUUUUCCACAGCAAGAAAUAUGGUGAUGGUCAUCUUAUUUUGUUGGGCACCAGCUCUUGUCCUCAUUCUGUUUUCCACCUUGAUGAAAUGGACAAGUAUUGAACAGCGGAGUCUAUUUGGACUUUAUAUGAUACAGGCUGCUGGUGUGUCCCUGCAAGGUUUCCUGAACAGUAUGGUUUACGCCUGGAGACGACCAAACUUCACGGAGGCCGUUCUCGGGGAGAACACCCCCCUGGUGGCACACAGCCGCCUGGCUUUCUUUGAUGAAUCACUGAAUGGCUCAUCAAAUUGCUGGAACAACCAUCAGUCUGAGGACAACUGAUUGAACACUUCAAGACAACUAAAGACAUGAAACAAACAUGAAAUGGACUCAGGAGGAAAAGAAAAGAAAGAAGCAUAAAGACUGAAACACCUGAAUUCGUCAUGUAAUAAAGUCAUAGCAGCGCAAAUCGCACUUUUUUGUAUAAAUGGGAACAUGGGAGAUGUGUUGUAUUUAUAUGAACUGUUUUAUGUAAGAUUUUUAAAAGAUGCUCUGGAGAGUUGUGGGCUUAAUGUGAUGUGUGUUUAGUUUUAUUAAAUGUAUUUGUAUUGUGUCUUGACGUGUUUUUAACCAGUUGUUUAAUUGCUGACUUGUUAUU